CUUCUACUUCCAUUUCUCAUGUAGUCUCUCCCUCUCUCUCCAAAUUUCUCAAAAGUUUUGUUUUGUUGUUGCAAGAUUGCAGAGAAAAUGAAGAACUUUCUCUCUCUUGGAGUCCACUCAUUGUGCCUUAUAGCAGUUUUCUUCAUGAUGAUAACAGUGGGAAAAAGCCUCCGACCCCAUUACUUCACCUAUCAUGGAAAAGGUACCCACAAUGGAGCUCAAAGUCAAAUGUACCCUGAGGAAGGAACAAAGGAAGAACUAGGGAUGGAGCUAUACCCUACUGGGUCGAGUUUGCCCGAUUGUUCCCAUGCUUGUGGACCUUGCUCUCCUUGUAAGAGGGUGAUGGUGAGCUUCAAAUGCUCCACUACAGAGUCUUGCCCAGUUGUUUACAGGUGCAUGUGUAAAGGGAAAUACUACCAUGUGCCUUCCAAUUGAUACAAUGUGCUAGCUCAAAGGCAGCAGAAAAGUUUGCGAUCGAUCCCGAUUGGCUGCUGUGGCUACUUUGUUCAAGCAUUUGGCCUCUCCUUCUUCAUUUGGACUGAAAUUCCAGAGUAAUUUUGAGUUUUGUAAAUUGUAGAAUAGGAGGAUCAAAAUUCUGCAGGUUUGUUUUGGGGAUUUAGUGAAUGGGUCUGAGUUCUUUUUGCAGAUUUUAGUCUAAAAUGUAUGUGUCCACUGUUAUGUUCAAUUUGAAUGCUGAUGUUUGUG